GGCAGAUACAACACGAAAAUUUAAGAAUGUAUAUUAAUCCAAACCACUGGCUUAUCACAAUGUAACGAAAAUAAAAUCGGAGGUUGAAAUUUUGUAAACACCUGAAACAUACAUCAGAGCAUUUAUUUGCACUUGGAAUAUAAAUGAACGACACUUUUUGGUCACAAGAUUUACAGUCCAACAAUUAACAGCUAGGUUCAAAAGCAGACAGACACUUCUGGUGACACGCAUACGUACAUAUGUAUAUAAGUUUGGACUCAUUCUCCCACAUGUCUCUUCCCAACGCUACCACAUAAGUAUUUGUAGAAGCAGAUUCAACUGUUUUAACGUGUUCAAACCAACAGCACAAAAGUCAAUCAAUAGUAUACGAUCAAUUCAAUAAAUUCAAAAAUGGCAGAGGAAGAUUUUAUCGAACGUGUCGAAAGAACCGAGCUUCCAGCUCCAAUGAUAUCACGGAGGGAAGUAAGUAUCUGGGCUAUCCUCAAGAACUGCAUUGGAAAGGAUUUGAGUAAAAUUACCAUGCCGGUAAUGCUAAACGAACCCCUGAGCUUCCUGCAGAGGCUAUGCGAAUAUAUGGAGUAUGCACAACUUUUGACACAAGCAGCUCGCCAGGACACUCCAGAAGAUCGAAUGAAAUAUGUUGCAGCUUUUGCCGUUUCUGCUUUGGCUUGCAACUGGGAGAGACUCGGAAAACCAUUUAACCCUCUCUUGGGCGAAACAUACGAAUUGCAGAGAGACGAUUAUCGAAUAGUUUGUGAGCAGGUCUCUCACCAUCCACCAGUUUCUGCAUUUCACGCAGAGUCCAAUGAUUUUAAAUUCCAUGGCUCCAUUAACCCAAAGAUUAAGUUCUGGGGAAAAAGUGUGGAAGUUAAUCCCAAAGGCACGGUCACCAUUGAGUUUCCAAAAUGGAAGGAAACUUACACCUGGACUAAUGUAAACUGUUGCGUGCACAACAUUAUAGUCGGAACACUGUGGAUUGAGCAGUAUGGAAAGAUGGUGAUAACAAAUCAUUCCACCGGUCACAUUGCGAACCUAACUUUCAAAUCAGCCGGUUCUGGGGCCAAACACUUGCAUCGAGUUGAGGGCUUUGUACGGGAUUCAAGCGAAAAGAAUAUAUUCUUUUUGUAUGGUAAAUGGACAGACUUUAUCAAAUGCUGCUCUGCGGAAUCCUAUGCGCAAUAUAUGAAACUGGGAACCAGAAAGAAUGACGGUGGCGACUUGGGUGAUUCACCUGAUGGAACCCCGAAGAGGAUGUUUUCUAAAUUGAACAGCUUUAAGCUGAGCUCUUUUCGCAGCAUGUCCAUACAAGAUAGCGACAACAUUCCACCUCUUGAGCAAGAGACAAAUGACAUACCAAAGAGCGACUCUGCAUAUUCGCUUGAUGUACCAGACUCCACCGUAUUAUGGAGUUGCAAGCCACGACCUUCCAACUGCAACGAGUACUACCAAUUUACAAACUUUGCGCUGCAGCUUAAUGCUAUGGAUAAAAAUAUGAAACCACCGCUAACACUUUGCCCUACCGACUCGCGUCUGCGACCUGAUAUAUUAUACCUCGAAGAAGGAAAUUUAGAUGGUGCAUCAAAGGAGAAGACUCGCCUAGAAGAAAAGCAAAGAUACACUCGCAAGCAUCGAAAAACCACUAAUGGCGAUGAUUGGACACCAAGAUGGUUUAAGCAUGUAACCAACCCCCACACCAAAACCGAAGAUUGGAACUAUACUGGAGGAUAUUGGGACCGUAAAUACGACAUCGCCAAUACAAUAUUUUAG